UAUUUAUCCUUGAUAAAUGGCAAAUAUAAGUGGAAGAAUUCACCUUUUUUUGAUAUCUGAGUAUUUGAAAACAAAUUUUGAUAAUUUAAUAUAUGGAAUCGGUAAAAAGAGACUUUAUAGCAAUAGGAUUACAAAGACCUUUGAAGAAGUAUUUUUUCAAUAUAACAAACGGAUGAUUUUUAUAUUUAUACCAUCUCGGUCGUAUUCAACAGAUAUUCAACAAUUUACAAUAAUAAAACAGGCAAAAAUGUAUUUAUCUAUAAAUCCAAAUACACGAAGAUUAUGUACAAAUUUAUAUAGUAUUUUUCAUCAAAGAUAUUAUAGAACUUUGAAUCAAAGUUAUAAUUGUUAUCUGGCAGAUCUAGAAGAAAAAGCAAACGCAUCUAUUAAUGAUCCUGAACAACAAUAUAUAUAUUAUAAAUCAUUAUUAAAUUCUUAUCCUGAAUUUAUAAUAUCACGCUAUGAAGAUACAGGAGCGGCAAGAAACAAAGAUUGCGAUUUAAUAUAUGCAAAAGCACUUGAAAGUACGGGGCAAAUAGAAAAAGCAUUAAUAGUGCGGAAAUAUAUAAAUACUAAUUUACAAGAUGCAUUCUCUGGCAGUAUUACACAAAAAUCUGAUAAUAUUCUUGCAAAUACCCAAGAAAACACAUCAAGCAAUAGCUCCAGCAAGCAAUUCUCGUCUAAUCAUCCGUAUAUGUCUAUAAUUCAAUCAUUUUCUCAGGAUACUAAAAAGAACCCCAUUUAUGUCAUCACAGAAGAAUCUCGUCAGGCUAAAGUUUUUAAAUGGGCAAAAUUUCUUUUGUCAUUCACUUUUGUUGGGUACAUAUUCAUUUUAUUAUCUACAAUAUUUGCAGAAAGUGCGGGAAUCUUGAGAUCAUUAAAUAAAUCUCAGGAUAUUGAAGCUUCUGGUGAUAAUUUGCCUGAUGUAAAAUUUAGUGAUAUUUGUGGUGUUGAUGAAGCAAAAGAAGAUCUCCAGGAAGUUGUCGAUUUCUUAAAAAACCCGCAAAAAUUUACAGCAUUAGGAGGAAAACUUCCUAAAGGUGUAUUACUUAUAGGCCCGCCUGGAACAGGGAAAACUAUGCUUGCGAAAGCUGUUGCAAAGGAAGCAGGAGUUUCUUUUUUUUUUAUGAGUGGAAGUGAGUUUGACGAAAUGUAUGUUGGGAUUGGUGCAAAACGUGUACGAGAAUUAUUUAAUAUUGCAAAAGACAGAUCUCCAAGUAUUGUAUUUAUUGAUGAAUUAGAUGCUAUAGGAAGUAAGAGAAAUCCAAAAGACUCCGCUUACAUAAAACAAACAUUAAAUCAAUUAUUGGUAGAGCUAGAUGGUUUUUCCAAUAAGGAAGGUGUUAUUAUUAUGGCAGCAACAAAUUUUCCAGAAUCUCUAGAUCCAGCACUUACUCGUCCUGGUCGUUUUGAUAAACAUGUUAUUGUUCCUUUACCUGAUAUUCGAGGGAGACUUAGCAUUCUUAAACAGCAUACUAAAAAAAUAAGGAUGGCUAAAGAUAUUGAUCUUACUAUUUUAGCUAGAGGUACUCCAGGAUUUUCUGGUGCAGAUCUUCAAAAUCUAGUAAAUCAAGCUGCAAUAAAAAGUAGUAAAUUAAAUUCUAGAUAUGUUUCUAUGAAAGAUCUCGAAUGGGCACGAGAUAAAAUUCUAAUGGGUACUGAACGUAAAAAUGCAUUUAUUACUGAAGAAAGUAAACGAAAUACUGCAUACCAUGAAGGUGGACAUGCUCUUGUAGCCUUAUAUACACCGGGUGCAAUGAAAUUACACAAAGCAACUAUUAUACCACGUGGAAGCUCUCUUGGAAUGGUUAUGCAAUUGCCUGAUAUGGAUAAAUAUACCGAAUCUAAAAAAGAAUUUUUAGCUAAGUUAGAUGUUGCAUUAGGAGGUCGGGUUGCAGAAGAACUUACACUUGGAAAAGAUAAUGUCACAUCAGGAUCUUUAAGCGAUAUUCAAAACGCUACUGCCAUAGCAAAAGCAAUGGUAACACAAUAUGGAAUGAGUGAUAAGGUAGGACCUGUUGCGUAUGAUCAAGAUUUGUCACGUCUAUCUUCUUCAACAAAAGCACUUGUAGAAUCUGAAAUAAAAACAUUAUUAGAAGAAGCACAAGCACGUGCAACAAAUAUUCUUAAAACACAUAAAAAAGAACUGGAUCGCCUUGCUAAAGCUCUUAUUGAAUUUGAAACACUUACAUCUGAAGAAAUAGAAAAAGCUAUUCGUGGCGAAAAAAUUGAUCAUUUAGAUUAAAAUUAUACAUAAUUUCCUUAUAAUUUACAAAAAUGUAUAUUCUUAAACAUUAAACA